AAAGGACAAGAACCGAGCGCAUAGAAGUCAAUUGGUUUAUACAAGCUCGUGAAGAUAUUGGAUAUUGAAAUUGGGUUUUGCAUUAUGUUGAGUCUUUUAAAAUCGAAAUAAACUCAUACACUUGGGGCUUCUGCACUCAUUUCGGCAGUUAACAGAUGAUACUGGUUUGAUUGGUGUUGCUGAUAGCUUUGAUUUCAUCAAUAAAUGUCAAAAGGUCAAAUAGAAAACGCAUCCGAAACAGAGCUAAAGUGUCGCUUGUUCUGUACUUCCACAUCUUCCAGAACAUUUGAAGAAAUAGAGUCAGGAAAGACUUUGGCCGAAAAUAAUUGUAUUUUAUUCACUUCAGCAUGUGAAACAUGGAAAACGCAUCCUAUUGAAGUUUUUCGACAGCAAUUAAGCUCUAAUAUUGAAAAAACUACGAAAGUAUCAAAAUCAGCCAUUAAAGUAUCGCUCUUCAAAAUGCAUCAUGAAUUUUAUUGAGGUGAAGCAUAGAUGUGAGUUUACAAGGCUCUUGAUUGCAGCCUAUCGACAUUGGUAGAAACAUAAGUGAAUUUUAUAAACACUGUGUGACUUAAUGCAUAGAUCCCAGUCAUGCCGUCGAAAUUCAAUGAAUUAAUCGUUAAAUAACCCUUGCUGUUCAACUUUUUCGUGUAAUUAGAAACGAAUGAAUCAGAAUAACUUUGAUGUACCAUUCGCUAAAUAAACAAAAAUACUGCCCAUAAAAUGUUGAUUCAUAUGAGCGAAUAAUUUCGGUAUAUUAUCGAUAUUUAAACUGAAAUCCUCUACGCUUAGUAUAUAUUUGUAGGUGUUGCAUAUAAGGAUAACUGUCCAAGAUUAGAUGUAAUAAAAAACAGUUAAAAUUCCGCAUACUGUUGCAUACAUUUUGAGCUUGAAUCUCACUUAUUGUGUAGUAUGAAUUCUCUUGCUUUCCAAGGUCAUAUGUCUUCUUA